AUGGCCGAUUUCGACGACAGAGUCAAGGCGUUCCUAGAGCAGCACCCGCAGGUCCGCGUCGGCAGCGAGGCAUGGAAUGCGGCCAACAAGGACAUUGACCUCGGCGAUACCUUUACCGCCAUCAGCAAGCCGCUUCCCAACAUGGUGGUUCUCCAGACAGUCGACGCUGCGACUGACAAGGCCCUCGUCGUGGCCGCGUUUGUUAAUGACGAAAAGGCAGAGGCGCACUUCCGCGAAGUGGUAGGAGGGUUGCCCGGGCAGUCGAGCAAGUGCACUUGCCCCGAAGGCAACUGUGAUGCCUGGCGGCUGAGGUGUUAUGUAUGCGCGUUUGCCAACGAAACGGCCUGUUCUUGGGAUCGGAAAAGCUGUGAGGAAGGCGAGUAA